AUGGCCCCUCCCACACAGGGAGGAUCCCCUCCCUACUUAAAUCCACCUCCCGCUCGCACGCGCCUUUUGGAUACCUUCUUCGAGGAGAUACGCGAGCCGGCGCUGGAAGGUCCUUGGGUGACCUUUGACCUUCCUCCCGCAGGUGUUGCUCCUCCCUUGCCAGAGCUGAUGCUCAAGAUGUCCUGCUCUCACGGGAGGACCACAAGAAGCCUCUUCGUCUGCCUGGCUCUCGUGACUCUGGGCGACACCCGACUUUCCUCGCGGAGAAAAGGGUGUGUACCACCAGACCCGCCCGCUCACAGCACCUACCGAUGCCAGGCCCCCCUAUGCCAGGAGCCUCCCCCAGACUCGAUCCUGUUCAAACCUGAAACGGUGCUGGAAUUCUACUGCCAACCUGGAUACGUCGCAACCAUCACGCCAGCCCUCGCCAUCUGCCAAGGAGGGCAGUGGAAUAUGUUGACAGACUUUGCUUGCAUGCCCCAAGGAACUCCACGUCCUGACGCCUUCCUCUCCGCUGCCUCCGUCCCCGUGGUGCUUGCUGCCGCCGUGGUCUUUUCCGCCAUCCUGGUGACGGUUGUGGCUUGCGUUCUCCUGAAGACGAGACUCCACGUCUGCCGCUGCCUCAGUUCCUAUGAGCACCUGGACGACCAGUGGGAGCAAAUAGAAGAGCCUGAUGUGCCGGGACUAGACUGCAGCGGAGGCCCCCUCCCCUCGUACGAAGAGGCCGUCUCUGGUCCCACGGGGAGCCCACGGCUUUCCCAGGAAGCCUGGGCCCGCCCAGAUCUCUGCGGCCUUGGAGAGGAGCCCCCUUCCUAUCAGGACUCCUUAGGGGCAGCUUCUGCUGAAUCUGGAUCUCCCCCAGCAAGAGAGUCACCCUCCCAGCUCCCUGCACCACUCUUGCCCCCAGGUGUUGGAAAGAAGGACGGUCCUUAGCCCAGGUUCCAGGGCUUUUGUUGAGUCGCCUUGGAGCUCCUCCACCCCUUUCCAAGUGGCUCCUUGUACAAUCUUGGGGGGAUUACGGGGGUGCCCUAAGGAAGCGCUGCUAUUGGAGGGCUGCAGUGGGCGGAGCGAUACAUCCGCCAAUGGGGGACUGAGUUGAUACCCCGGACAAUGGCCCUGCGGCAGUGGAGCCAUAUUGUAGAUUCAUUGGGCUGCUUGGUUUUCCGUGUCGGGACGCAAGUAGGAAUUCUGUCCUGAAAAUUCUUGGUUUGUUUGGUGGUUGUUUUUUUCUUAAUUUACGUUUUCAUUUUAUUUUAAAGCCUUUUUUAAAAAUUAAUUUUAUUUCCCAAAGCAAAAUGUGAGUGUUUGGAUAUAGGGGAAACUCAUUGUUCCUUCUCUCCAAAGCCUUUAUUGCCUGCUGUGCUCAGAAAUCACACAGCUUGGAUGGAGGCUGCAUUGUGUGCUUGGAGGGGACCAGUUUGGACCUGCCACGGACUGGUCCCUUGCCCCAGUUAUGGAUGGAAGUCUUGGCCCAAAUGGCUCGGGGGGACCGGUUCAUAUAUUGACUCCCUCUGCUGAAUUUGGUUCUGCAGGAGCAGACUUGUGACUUUGCUGAAGAGGCCAGCCUGAAAGCAGUAUUGACAUUUGCAAGAACUCUGGGUUUAUCGGCCCACGUUGUCUGAGUGUACACUCUCCGAUAUACUUUCGAAUGCUGGUUGUGGUGUUCAGAGAUUUAUUUUUUAAAAAGCAAUUAA